AUGGGUGUUGUACUGACGAUUCAUGGAGCAGUUGGGGCAUAUGACUUAAUCGGCGGCGGGCUGUUGAGAGGAGAAGCGAGGACGCUAGCUGAACUGGGAGGAGAUAUGAGUCGAAGUGGUGAACCUUCACGUGUUGGAGAUAGGACUUCGAGGGAUCGAGAGAGGCAUCAAUCCCCCUGUCGUCGAAGCAGGUUGCCCAGGAGGAACAAGCAGCUACAGGGCAUACCUCCUCAACCCGAUUCUGGAAGGGAAUCCAAUGCGACCCCACGCCCAUUGAGUUUUGCGGUCUUUGUGGGGAAUAGGCCAAUGACAGAUGCGAAUUCGAUUGUUCGGGAUCCAAACAUUGCAGUUGACCAGUACGAUAUUAAUUCUUACACUAAUCUUGUCGUCAAUUAUGCUUCGGAUUUUGUUAAGGAACUUUAUCUACUGGGGGCGAAAAAGAUUGGUUUAUUCGGGGCAGCACCAAUAGGAUGCUUGCCGUCACAGAGAACACUAGCAGGGGGAGAAUUGAGAGUGUGUUCUGAGAUAUACAACCAGGCUGCUCAGUUGAUGAACUCCAAGCUCUCUUCUGCUAUUACUUCCUACAACAACAGUCUCAAUGACCCUAAAGCCAGGAUUGUCUACACUGAUAUUUACAAUCCUCUGCUUAAUAUCAUCCUAAAUCAUGACAAAUAUGGGUUUUCUGUUGCGGAUAAAGGGUGUUGUGGGACAGGGAAUUUAGAAGUGAGCAUAUUGUGUAACCAAUUGACCGAUACAUGUCCAGAUGACUCUGUGUACGUAUUCUGGGACAGCUACCAUCCCACAGAGAGGGGAUACAGAGUACUCGUCAAUCAGAUCCUUCAGUCUAGUCUCAACAAAUUCUUCUGAUCCUACCCCAUUCGG